AUGGACCUUGAAGAGAAGCGAAGUGCUGUGAUUGCUUUGCUCCGAGCUGGAAAGCGUCAGAAGGACAUCGUUCGUGAGCUGUCCGAUUUACGUGUUUGCAGAAGUUUUGUGUACAGCACAGUUAAACGAAACCUCGAGACCGGAAGUACCAAAAAACGGUAUGGUGGGGGACGUCGAGCUACUGUGGUCACACCUGCCAUGGUGAAGAUUGUCAAGAAGCGCCUUGAGAGAAAUCCUCGACGCAGUGCAACAAAAUUGGCGGAGGAUUUUAACAUAUCGGAUCGAAUGAAGCAGAAACAGGAACGGUUAAGAAGAGCAAAGUCACUGUUGAAGAGGGCCGCGGAAGGAAAGUUGGAGAAUAUCUUGUUUACUGACGAGAAACUCUUCACCGUGCAGCAGUUUGUGAAUAAGCAGAACGAUAGAGUAUGGUUGCCUGAAAGAUCACGAACCCGUGCCGACGUGCUGACGGCUACCAGGCGACAGAAACCAGCAUCGGUGAUGGUUUGGGCCAGAAUCACCCGAGAUGGCCGGACUCCGCUGGUUUUUGUCUCUGAAGGAGUUAAGAUCAACCAAAAUACGUAUCGGGAACUAGUUCUACAGAACGUCGUCGAACCGUGA